AUGGUGGCUACUGAUGUAGCAGCGAGAGGGCUCGAUAUCCCUGAUGUGGAAGUUGUGAUAAACUACAGUUUCCCUUUAACAACAGAGGAUUAUGUACACAGAAUCGGAAGGACAGGAAGAGCCGGUAAGAAGGGUGUUGCACACACGUUCUUCACGCAACAGAACAAGGGUCUUGCCGGAGAACUUGUGAAUGUUCUCAGGGAAGCAGGACAAGUCGUGCCGGCUGAUCUUUUGAAGUUUGGCACUCAUGUAAAGAAAAAGGAGUCAAAACUGUACGGAGCUCAUUUCAAAGAAAUAGCAGCUGAUGCUCCAAAGGCUACGAAGAUCACAUUCGCUAAUUCUGAUGACGAAGACUAG